AUGAUCCAACAAGAGCAGCAGCACCUUGAUGUCAUCUCCCAGAUCCCUCCAAAUCCUCGCGCGGUGCUGUUCAUCGCCCACGAAGGAAACGGAUCGCCGCUCACGUAUUGGGAGCCGCAGCCGCAGCAGCCGAAUUGCACGGGAGUCCCCGACCACGUCGCCAUUGUCAAGCACGCCCUCAGCCGCGGCUACGCCGUCAUCGCCAUCAAGAGCGUCAAGAGCUUCUGGCAGGACUGGCCGCCGCAAGCCUCGCAGGACGCUCACAACGUAGUGUCCGUCCUCGUCUCCUGGACCGCGCAGCACGGCCUGGAGCGCGCGCCGAUCGUCGGUCUAGGCUCCGGCUCCGGCGGCAACUUCCUCUCCAUGCUCGCGCUCACCAUCAAGUUCUCGGCGCUCGUCUUGAUGGUGUCCCCGGGCCUCCACAAGGCGCUGGAGCGAGCGAAGAUGGCCCCGGCUUCAACUUAUCCUCCGGUUCUGUUCGUCCAUAUGCCAAAGGACCAGACCACCGCGUCAAAGAUCCACAGUCACGAGCAGCUGCUGCGAGCAAAAGCCAUACCUGUUGCUCAAGUCUGCUGCGAGGAGUUCCCGAUCGCUCCCUUCUACUUUGCUGCGCACAUCCCCGGCUUUGGAUCCGAUGCCUCCACCAAGCUCCAUGCAGCGAUGCAGGCCGAGGGCGUCAUCGACGGUUUGGGACGUGUUCUAUCGGCUCCCCGGCCUCCGGAUGUCUGCCUCAUGCUCGAGAAGUUUGAUGUUUUGCCACUCCAGCGGGACGACCACAGCUAUGCGAGGCUCCUGGCUGAGCACAUUCACUCGCUGAUGAGAGUCGCGCAAGGCCGGCAUGCUACCACCGGGAGAAAGUGUCCGGAGAUUUUCAACUGGCUCGACAACCAGGUGUGGGGGCAUCCACUUCUUCCAAAUUUUCCACAUCCGAAGCCACCACCAAUUGCCACCUCGCAGUAUCGGCUGCCGUUUUCGAAGUUCCAUCACGGGAACUGA